AAACACUCUGAGUGAUUCGAGAGGAAACGGGGAUGAACGGGGCGGGCGGUGCUACACAGGUCUCUCAGAGCUGAACCAAACCCUGUGGUCGUCGGGGAGGAAAGCAAAGCGUUAUUUUCAGAGCGAUUAUCCUUCGUGCUGUGGACUUAUUUCCUCUUUUAUGCCUGCGAGUCUCUGGUGAAUCCUGACAAUGAGACUCAGGUCUAAAAAAACGAUCGUUAGCUGCGUGGAAACGCCGACGAGCAACCGCCAACGGUCCAACAAAGAGGCAUCGAGACGAACGCACCCACCGGGAAACGAGAAUCCGCUUCUUCUAUCCGAGGUAACAUGUUUGUCUGCUUUUAUUUAUUUCCCGGUCAUAAGACGUGUAACAUUUGCAUUAAUCUUCGUGGACAAUAUAAUCACUGUGGAGCUGUAAGUGGUCGUCUUUUUGUGCCAAUGCUAAUUAGUUAGCCGCCAAUAAAGCUAGUGGACCCAAAACAAAACAGUGGACGGUGUGCUGCAUUGCUUUGAGGGGAGCAGAUGAACGAUAGGUGACUUUUCUGACCUCAACCACGAACAUUUAUUCACAUGGUUUUAAACGAAUGACUUGUGAUGAACUGGAGAAGCGUCGUGUAACGACAGUGUGUUUAAUUCUGUUAAAAAGAUUCGAUUUUUCUGACUAUUAUAAACCAAAGGUGAGUGAAGAGUGGCGACAGCGCCCUCUACAGGAAGAAGCCUACAAUGACAUGAACUCCUGGGCAGUAUAACACAACUCACAUCUGUCAUUAAUUAAACUCUCAUUAAGCAUUUGCGUUUCAGUGUUUUGAUAACAUGAUAAAACAGAUCAAAACUUGGGCAAAUUAAUUGUUGAAGUUAAAAAUGGUGUUAGUUGUGUUCUGGACUUCAGAGGCCGUCAUCAUCCUCAUAAUCUCAAAUUUAACUUUAUUUUUAUGGCACUUUUCAGACAAAAAAUGUGGCUCAAAGUGCCUCACAGACGCUAAAAACAACAAUAAAACACGACCCUCCCACCCACACACUCACCCAUGGACCCACACACCCACCCUCGCUCACACACACACACAAAAGCGCACACAGUGUGAGAAUUUAAGACACACUGUUAAAGAGACAUGGCCUUACACCGAGACAUUGCAUGAGGAAAGAGCCCCCUUUAGGAAAAGCAGGAGAUAAAAAUGGUGAAAAGAAAGAGUAAAACCUGAUGGACUACAACAAUAAAAUAAAAUCAAAUGAGCAAAUAGGUAAGAGCUCUUUACCGUAUAAAAAAGGGGUAAAGGAAGUAAAAACCUCUAAGGCAGGCGUUAAGAACAGAUAUUCAAUUACAUAAAAGAAACAAGAAGAACUUAGAUUAAAAUGAACAUUUGCAAUAAGAGAAAUACAAAAAGCCAAUUAGUUUGUACACAUAAUAAAAGGAAAACUUUUAAAGAUAAUAUUAAUGUCACUCCUCAAGCUGAGCGUUUUUGUCCAAGUUAAAGAAGAAACAAUUUUAGGAAGUAUACUUGUGUAUUAGUACACACAAUCCAUUAAAGCCGGCCUGCUUAAAUACAUUGACGUUUGUGUUUCACUCGUCCUCAGUAUCCCUCAUGAUGCCGUGUCAGAUCUGCACGUUAAAUACUUGCUGCUCUGACGUGCUGUCUGUCUAGGGGAGGAUUUAACAGCCCGGUUGCAUGUGAAAGAGGGUCCCGGUGAAAGUAGGUCAACAGGACACACGCAUGCAGACUGUUUACACUCCAGCCUGUGUACAUGCUUUACGGCUGGUUUUGUUUAUGGCUCACGUGCCUGCAUUUUUCAUGUUGCAGACUUUAAUGCAGAGGCAGCUCAUAUUGGUUCUUUGUCUAAUGAGGGUUAGAGAAAAGCCAGCAACUCAGCAACUCUGCUUUGCAUUAGAAUAAAGAAGCAGUGCAUGUAUUUUGGUAACCCUUCGGUGUUGGCUUUUUGCUUCAGUUACACGGACGAUGUUUUUCAUAUUUUGCCGUGGAGAAUUUAUGUAGAUGGUAGAGUAACGUCAGGAUAAAGCACUCCCAUAAACCCCAUCAUAGUGUAAUACCUUAGCAUUGUUACUUUUAUGUGUGGCACAGUAGUGUAGUGGUUAGCACUGUCGCCUCACAGCAAGAAGGUCCUGGGUUUGAAUCCGAGUCACAGCGUUUCUGUGUGGAGUUUGCAUGUUCUCCCUGUGUCUGCGUGGGUUUACUCCGGGUACUCCGGUUUCCUCCCACAUCCCAAAACUUGCAGAAGUGGGGUUAGGUUAAUUUGCCACUUUCAAAUUGCCCGUAGGCGUGAAUGUGAGCGUGGAUGGUUGUUCGUCUCUAUAUGUCAGCCCUGUGAUGAACUGGCGACUUGUCCAGGGUGUCCCCUGCCUUCACCCGAAGAUGCUGGGAUAGACUCCAGCCCCCCGCAACCCUGGGAACGGGAAUAGGCAGUAGAAAAUGGAUGGAUGUUACUUUUAUUUUUGCAGUAUGGUCUGAACACAUCUCGAGGGAUAAAUCAUGGCAUUUAAGGAUAAUUCACAUCAGCCAACGAGGCUGAUUUAAAAGAUAAACAAAUAUCUGAACUUCUGCAGCCUUGUAGGAACAAAGUCGAGCAAUGUAAACGCCACCCCAAAUGACUACUAUCAAAAUAUUUUUUGCUUUCAUAAUUACAGCAAAUUUCAAAUUUACCAAAUUUAAAAGUGUCAUGCAGGGGUAUAAAAUAAAUGUCGUCAUUAUAAUGUAGUUUGGUGUUGCUUCUGACAUGAUUAUCAGUCAUGUUCUCAAAACAGGAAUGACUAAGAUAACCAUUUUAUUAGAUAAUUCUGUGCAUAGAUUAGUGGGGGGUAUUAAUAUGAUCACUUUUAUUGAAGGCAAAAAAAUCUAACAAAAAUUACAAUAUGAUGUUGGAAUUAUCAUCAGCAAACUUGAUUCUCAAUGAUUGGUAUUGGCUGUUUUGUUGAAAAAUAUAUUAGCCAAACAGUAUUUCGAUUUAUCUUCGGCCUCAUGAAAAGAUUCACAGUGAAGAUACACUUAUUUCUGUCUGUAUAAAAGAUUCUUUCUAUUAUUUGCAAUCGUGUCCUUUUUUGUUUUGAAUGACAAAUUCAUAUUCAACCAUCAGUCUUUACUUUUGUUACAACCAAAUGCUUUCAGGACAGGAAUCUUUGUCUCCUCAAACUUUGAGACAUUCAGAGUUAAUUGAGGAAACUGUUGCAGCUUCACAUUUCAGCAUCCCAAAAAGACACUAAUGAUGAUGAUGAUGAUGAUGAACUUUGUGAGACUAAUAAUUUGUCUUUUUCUCUUUUACUAUGAAGGAUGAGAACACCAUUGAAAAUGACUCCCAUCAUUUAGAUGAGGAAAUUCCCAUGAUGAGAAGGCGACUUCUGCCCCGCGGCCGGGCCAGGAAGAGAGCCAUCGCUGUGGAGGACAGAGACACAGGUUCUGGAAGUUUCAAGUUAUUAUCUGUGACUUUGUUCAGUAAACAUAGAAACUCUCUAGAUGUGAAUUUGUACAGUGUUCUCUGUGAUUGCUUUUAUUUUCCUGACCAAUUGGGUUUCUUGUGUUCCUAGAUUUGGGCUACACCACUCCAAUCAGAUCAAUCUUGCGUCAGAAGCACAUCCUGUCAGAGAUUGACACCGUGACUCCACGAAACACAACAGCCAGAAACAUCUACUCGCCCAUUGUACGUUUCUUCACACCCAGCAAAGAGAGUGAGUACAGCUUCUGUAUCUGCCAUUCUGGUUUCUUUGUAAGAGCUGCACCUGGAAAAAAUCUGCAGGAGUUAUGAUAUUGUACGGUUAAGGACAGUAAAAAAAAUACUCUUCACUUGUGUCUUGUAGUGAGCUCCAUUCACGGCUCCUUCACACUAGAAAGAAACAAUGUGAACCUCUUUAAGUGCUCAGCUGGCAGUGAGGCGGUAGGCUGCUGGUUGGUGUUUAUUCUGUUGGUGGAGGAGCCACUGUCAUCAGUCAUUACUGUUGCCUUUUGAAAUAAUAAGAAACGUUGAAGAUGCUGUUAAAGGCUGAAGGAAGUGACUGUCUCCGUUUUGGUUGCUUUCCCAGCGUAGCCAAGUGCAGCUGCCAAACCGAUCAAAUGUUUACUGUAUUUAUACUUUGAGGGGAAUUCUCUGAUUUGUUUCUUCCUUUAGAUAAUUUAGUAAAUUAAUUUACUGACAUGUCAGUUAACCUUAAAAUGAGGAAACUUAAUCACCUAGUUGAGUAAAGAGCUUUUUUUUUGUCUUUGUUGGACUGUACCAUCAUCGUUACUGGAAAAAAAAAAUCUUCACUCAGCCUCAAAAUGCCAAGCCUGCCUACAGUUCACUUACUUUGUUCUGUCUCUCCAGAUGUGGAGACUCCAGAUUCAGGGAACAGCGUGCUCAUGAGCCCAGAACAAGGUUUCUUUGCUUUCGGCUCCAUAGACCUUCUUGCCGGAGACGAGGACGACGAAGUCUUACCCUUUAAUCCGUAAGUUUUUAAGCCCUUUCCUCGCAUCCAGCCCCUCAUUCUAAUCUGACGGCAACACGCUCAUCUUGUUAAAAUGAGCCGUCUGCCCUCUUUUUGUAAAAGCUCAGGAUGACAGACUUUCUCAUUUGUUAACAUUUUCAACUCAGGAGAGUUGUGAGACCUGUUGAAAAGGCAGACGUGCAGGUGAAAAUCUUAAAAAAGGAUGUAACCUGCAUUUUCAACCAUUUCCUAAAUCCUUGUAAAACAUCACCUACAUGUUGAGUUGUGAUACUAAUUUGAUAUGCAAACAGUGAGGGUGCGCUGGUUCACUUCACUAUUUUGAUUUUGUAUUUCAUGACAUCAAGUUUUAAUAUUCAGACAUAAUUUUUAAUUUCUAGGACCUGCAACAUUUAAACAUAGGAACAAACACUAAAACACAAACACAACAUUUGAACAAACACACAUGAACUUCCCCUCAGGGAUCAAUAAAUUUCUUCUUCUUCUUAGAUUGAUUGAAAAUCAUAUUAAAGGUGUUCAAAAACUCUUUAAAUGUGACGUCCUUGUUGCUUAGAGAGCCAAGUUCUUCAGUUUACAUUAUUUGGUUACUUCCUCAAGUUCUUUUGAAUAGAUUUUCCCUGGUGUUUGUGAUUCAGUCUGAUAUAACAACGUUUUAUUUCUUGCAGCUUUACCUUCAUCAAGAACAUCCCACAGCAGUCUGAACACUCUCUACCCCAACUCAAAGACAUCCCACCAAAGACCAGGAGCACUCCUGAGGCCACGCUGGUGGUGGACCUGGUGAGUAUCUUCUCUAAAGCUUCCUGUUAUUACCUGCUGCUCUUGAGUUGGAAAAAGUUAAAGUGCACAAGCACAUGCAAUCAGACUGAGACGCUAAGGCAGAAGAACUAACAUCUCUGCAGUGAAAAAUGAUUAUAAUGAUGAUUAUUACUUCUUGGAAGUGAUUGCAUUUCCAUGAAGUGAUAAUCAUACAUUUUCUUCCUUGAGCUGCAAAACUUCGCCGCACUCAGUUUUUGACCCGUCAGGGCUCCCCCACAAACAAGCAGCUUCUGGAGGGGAGUGGAUGAGUUGUGUUUGGUCUCUUUGCUAAAGAAACCAGGCAAAACUAAAAAGAUGUUUGCUGCCUAGUGCCACAUGCUGGGACCAUGUAUGUACUGUUGAUGAAGUUAGGUGCUGUUCUGAGCAUUAUUUGUGGCUAUAGAGUGGCUUUUUGGUUGAGGUUUGCGCGUGGAGACAUUGACCGCUGUGUAUUGCUAUCAUGCCGUCUUUGCUUAAGUUGGUGUAACAAGAGAAGCAAAUGGUCAGCAAAAUUUAUCUCCCGAGAGGGGGGUCUCACUCAGUGUUACGAUGUGCUUGACCAUGACUUAGAUUUACUCCGCAAUGUCCCUUUAAUGUCCCAUUGUGUUUUGUUUGCUGGUGAUGAAGUCAUUUGUUGUGAAGGCUGUAUUAUUCUGUCAGUGUGAGUUUUUGGUUGAGGCAAAAAUUAUAUCAAGUUGUUUUGUGAGAAAGUCCUUUAAUUUGUGUCUUUACAGGAGGAGACCUUGAUGUUCAGCUCUCUGAGUGUGAUCGAGGAGGCAGAGUACACCUUCUACACUUCUUUCCAGGACCACCAGUACAAGGUUUGUAUUCCCUCUGAUUUAAAAGGUCAUUAGGGGUCAAUAUAUUCACAUCUCAUGAUUUCUGUUAUCCUUUUUGAUAUCAACAGGUGUACAUGAUCCUGCGGCCACAUGUCAGAGAGUUUCUGCAGUCCAUGGCUAAGAUCUAUGAGGUAAGUGUUUCAUAAAAAUUGAUGAUAAAAUAAAAGUGUUUGGUCUUUUAUCGCUGCAGUUUGCUAAAAGCAGAUCUGCCUGGAGGGUAUUUUUCUCCAGUGUGAUGAGGUAACUUAGUAACGAUGUCUUGUUAUCUUUUGGUUUGUACACUAAAGUUUUAUUUCAUGACGUUCACAUUGGCUUUUAUUUUGUUGGAACAGACUCAGCAAGUUAAGGGUAUGAUCUUAAAACUAUUUUAAAACUGGAAUCACGUGUUUCUUUACCUGAAUAUUCAACCCACACGGCUCUGAGUCAUCCAUGAGCAUGUUGGUUGGUUUUCAUGGGAUCCAGGCUUGCUGACUUUAAAAGGCCGUCAGUAAGCUCUUUUAUGAUUGUGUUUAUUGAGUGUUCUGCAAAGAUUCUCUCAAAUCACAUUAGUUAACUAUUCAGGUGUGUUUCAAUGGUACAAGCAUGACAACUACAUUACAGGCACUUUGUUUUGGUAUGUUUCUCUGCACAAAUGCAGCUGCCAGCAAUGAUACUGCUGAAGUCUGAACGUGAUUAUUUCUGAACUUAAAACUGUGACGUGCUGCUCUAUCAUUGUUAUACUUGAUAACUAAAGAAUACCUCAGAGCGGCAGAGUGUCUCACCAAUCUUUGCACUGGGGCUUGUUUGAGUAGGUCGCUAUGGUAACUGGAGGCAUAUCUGUCACUUGGGGACUGUUAUUUUGAACCUUUUCAUUUUGCUGCCAGAAAGUGUGAUUUAAAGAAAUAUAUCACUCUAAGGAUCCCAGUGACUAAACUCUGAUUCCGUGUUGUUGAUGCUCUACUUUUUUAAUGAGGACUGAGCAGCUGUUUAUUGAUAAGAAUUGAAUUUUAUGAGUUAUUGCCAAUUGAAAAAACGAGGGAUGCAGUGUAAAAACAAAAUUUUAAAAAAGGGCAGAAAACAUCAGAAACUGGUAAAGAAAAGCUUUAGGCUGUUGCACAAGAAUUUAUCAAACUGCAGACCUUUUAUUGAUUGGUAUUUUUAAAACUCAGUGAUAUGAGGAUGCAGAUGUUAUUACACUUCAAAAUGACUUGUAGGUUUGUAAUUUGUGCAGUCACAACAUGCUGCACACUUAAUUUUUUACGCAGUUUAGCUGUUUCUGACAAAUGAUUUCAUAUACUUCAUUUUGUGACUGAUCCUUUUUAAAAAGUAUUUUCUGUGUUAUCCUGAUGCUCUCUAAGUUCUGGUUAGUGGUCCCAGCUGCUGUUUGUGUUCUGUUGCAGCUGUUUGUUUACACAUGUGCGAAGAAGGAGUAUGCUAAGAAGAUCCUGAACAUCCUGGACCCACAGAGGAAACUGUUUCGGUAAGUCUCCUCAAAGAUCUGCUUACAGUCAGCUUUUAUAAACUCCAGCUUCACUCUAAGGACGUGCACUCUGUCAGGUUUGUCAGGCUCAGGCAGCAAGUGCUACUCUGCUCAUGCUCCGUCUGUGACCCUCUCUGAAAUGUUUAACGGCCUGUUUAUGUGGGAUUACUCGGUCUUCUUCAGGGAUUUAUAAAUUGGAGGGAUAGCAACAGCUUAAAUGAAGGAGAAAAAAAAUCAUCAUAUUGUGAACGUGUCUCUCAAACAUACUUAACAAUCAUGUUUUUACUCUUCACUGGUUUCCCUGGUAGACAUUGUCUGUAUCAGGAGGAUUGCUCCUGCGUUCUCGGCCACUACGUCAAAGACCUGAAUGUGUUGGGGAGGGACCUCGCCAAGACCGUUGUCCUAGACAACUCGCCCCACACAUAUCCGUACCAUGUGAGUACUGUUCAGCACAUGAGCUGUGUCUCUAUAAAAGUAAAAAGUAAUACUGGACUGUUUUUUUAUUUGUCAGACAAGUUCUGCAGUUUAAUCAGAAACAAACGCUGUUUUUAUUUUAACGCUGACGUUUAUUUAAUUAUGACGUGUAUUUUUUAUUUUCCAGCUAAUGAACACAAUCCCUAUCAAAAGCUGGUCUGGAGAGUCUGAUGACGGAGAACUGCAGAAACUCAUCCCCUCUAUGGAGAAACUGUCUGCAGCGGUACGUCUCUGAUUCUAUCAGCUGUCAAAAUUUCCACUUUUUUGUUCUUCAGCAAGUUUAAGUUUCAGUAUCUCGAGUUACAGAUGAGGAUUUAUUUUCCUUUAUAUAUCAUCUGUUACUUAAUUAGAAAUUCUUCUCAGAAUUCAUAUAUGAGAAUAGUUUAAGAAAUGUCACUUUAGUGAGAUAGAUAGCUCACUGAUCAAGAAAUCAGACUGUGGACUUGGUCGUCUCAAAAAACAAAUUGAGCCUCCACAGUUUGAAAACUUUUUCAGCACAUUAAAAAAAUCAAACAGUGAGAUAGAUGUACCAGUUUGUCCACAGGGGGCGCCAAAAUCAACAUACAUUAAAGUUCUCAGUGAGAGAUUCAGUAGUUUAAAUGCCUUUGACUAUAAAAUGAGAGAAAAAUGUUACAAAUAUGAGACAUAAAAGUACCAGAUGAUGUAUUAUUAUUAUUGUUGUACAUUAUAACAUCAGUCAGCGCUCUGGAAUUUAUUUUUUUACAGUGUGGAGGAGUUAUCCAUCAAGAAUAGACGUCUUUCUCUGUAAUGUCUUAAUAAUUAGAAUUGUCCUAGCUUGACUCUUUAACAGUCGAUGAAAUCAGCUCUUACUCUCAGCGUGUCACAGACAUUCAGCGGUUUAUCAAACGGCUGCUUAUCCGCAGCAGCAUCUGCCCGCUGUCUUUCCUGCCCAGUUUCAUCAUUGUGUCUGAAAUGUCUCCUGCUGUGUUUUUUCAGGACGAUUUUCGGGAGGUGCUGAAGAAGAGGAAGGAUCACUUCCACAGGCUGCUGUCAGAGGACUAACAGGACCCUCCAGUCCCCCCCUCUCACUUUAAAUACUUACGUGACUUUUACAGCUCAUGUUGACUUGUUUAUGCUUUGACUAAAAGCAGAAUCCAGUUUGAAUCAGAGAACCUGAAGCCAGACCUGCUUGUCCUCCCUGAUGACUUUAAAGGACGGCUGAUCGGUAUUUCAAACAUGCAGCUGGUCGUUCAUCACCAAAACCCAGUUUCUCCCAGACUCAUUCCACAGGGCAAUAAAUGCCACCCAGUGUAUAUGUAAAUAUCCCAGACCAAACUCAAAGUGUGUUGUUUAUAGUCCUUUAUUUUAAUUUAUUGGUUAUAUUUUUAAUCAUCGGCUAGCCUGUGUAUAUUUUAAAUAUGCUUUUUUAAAUAUGCAAUAAAAUUAUCCUGAGGCUGAAAGGAAAAA